AUUCUCUCUCUCCAUGCCCAACAUUGAACAUUUUACAAGCUAGGCUUUUAUCAUUUUCUUACUGUUGACUGUUCUGUUAUAAGUGAAAUUGACAAAUAUAAGUCUUUGACGUGUUAAUAACUCGAACGUGUUGAUUUAAGACUAUUUUCCUCCGUCGUCCCUCCGCCGAGGUGGAAUAACGCCAAUAUUCAAACGAAUAUGGACAUCGCGACGAAAUAACCCGGAAAGUCUCGCUUUGCCCAAUUUGGAAUCUAAUGCCAAAAAAAACAAAAUCCACUGCGAUUUUGAAUAAUGACUUCCACCAACACUUCUGUGCCCAUACUCUUUACUGGUGAUGUUGAUGGCAAUUUCAACUAUGUUUUCAAAAAGAUUCGCAACGUUCUGGCAAAAACGAAGACUGAUAAACCAUUUAGCAUGUUAAUAUGUUGCGGGAAUUUUUUUGGCGAUAAUAUCAAAGCAUGGGAGGAAUAUACUUCUGGCGAACAAGUCGUUCCCAUACAAACAUUUAUUUUGGGUCCAGUUAAUAAAGAACAAAUUCAGUUUUAUCCAAAGAUGGAGUCCUGUGAUAUAGUACAAAACCUUACAUAUCUUGGAAAAUAUGGAGUUUAUACAACAGGGGAGGGGUUGAGGAUUGCUUACAUGAGUGGUGUAGAAGGGACAAAGCAAAGGGAUUGUACAUUUACAUUAAACGAUAUAGAAAAAUUAAUAUCAUCCUGUACAAGUCCAGAGGGUGAAAUACAGGUUGUGGAUAUCCUUGUGAGUUACCAGUGGCCGUAUAACAUCACAAGCAGUAUGCAAGAUCCCUACACACCACACAGCCCUUCUCGGCUGUUGGGCCACCUGAUUAAUAAACUUCGUCCUCAAUACCACAUUGCGACGUGCGAAAAGAAAUCAUUCGAACGUGCACCAUUUCCACAUUUCGAUGAGAAUGGUACUUUGUUAAGUUAUACGCGUUUUGUCGGCCUUGCGGCUAUGGACAAUGCUACUAAAAGCAAGAGCAUAUACGCCCUUAGAAUUCAGCGGCCAAUUAUGGAAUCUGUAAUAGAACCAUUACCGAGAGAAGACACAUCUCCAAAUCCUUUUAGCUAUUUGACUGACGAGUUUGAUUCAUCAUACUCUGUAAAUCCUAUAUUCUUCUCGACUCCGUCUCAGAGUUCCAAAAGGUGCGGAAGCGCAAAUACAGAAGAGAGGAUUAGAAAAAAGAAGAAAUUCGGUGAACAGCAUACACCUUGUUGGUUUUGCCUGUCAAAUCGGACUGUGGAUAAAUAUCUGAUAAUAUCGGUCGCAUCCGAAUGCUACUUGGCUUUAGCAAAAGGAGGCGUAGUAGAUAACCACUCAUUAAUUACAACAAUAGCACAUUUUGCCUCGGCGAACAGGCUGUCCGACGUGGCAGCAGAUGAAGUUGUACAGUUUAAAAUGUCAUUGAGACAGUACUUUCGUGGCCUAAAAAUGGAGAUAAUAUUCUACGAACGGGCAUACAAAUCGACUCAUCUUCAAAUCCACUGCAUACCCCUUGCUGCUAAUCUGUUUAAGCACUUUAAAACUGCUCUUAUGACAAGGGCUAGGAAAGAAAAUUUAGAAUUGCAAGAAUAUCCAAAUGGAACAAUGAUAUACCGGACGCUACCAACUGAUUGUCAGUAUUUCUACAUUGAUUUGCCUAAUGACAAUGAAAUCUUGAUUAGGAUUACCGAUGAUGAUUUCCCUUUAAGCUUUGGGAGAGAUAUUAUAGCCCAGAAUAUUCUAAAUGUUCCUGAGCGGAGCGACUGGCGGAAGUGCGUCCUCGAUGAAGAAAUCGCCAAAGCGAUCGUGAAUGACUUUCGUGCGGGAUAUCAACAAUAUGACUUUACAUGAAGUGGUCAGUAAUCGCUUAAACUUGCACAUGGGAGAGAGAGAGAAAGAAAUAUAAAUAUGUGUAUAGUCAUUAACCAAUUCAUGUAAAAAGUCAAACCUCUUGUAAUUAGAUCUCUGUUCGGCUCCUCUUGUAAUAUAAAAUGUAAUAUUCAGUUUAAAUAAAGUCAGACGAAAAUAAUUGUUAAAACGACA